AUGAGAGUAACAACCUUCGUGAUCUUGUGCUGUGCACUCCAAUAUGCAUCUUCCAAUUAUAUAAAUAAAAAUGAUAUCAAUGAUGACAAAUUACUACGAAUACUAGAAAACAAUAAUAAUAAAACAAGCUCUGAGAUAAGCGACGAAGAGGGCAAUAUAUAUAAAACAUUAUCGAACUUUGAAAUAAUCGACGACGAUGCAAACUUUGAUGAAAAUAAAGAGGCAAACGUAGAAGUUUUAAAGCUUAUAGUUGAAACAGACAGUUCAGGACGCAAAAGGAUAAUAAAAGAAAAAGAACAAAUACAGAGAGUAUCCGGUGGCAGUAACCAAGUCAUCGUAAACCAAGGUAGCGCUCCAUCUAGCUCUAGGGCCAGCUCAGCCAGUGUCUCAAGCACUUCUGGACAAAAUCUUGGGGUAGGGUAUGGUGGAUUAGGAGGAUUGGGCGCGUCUGCGUCAUCUGGCUCAAAUGUGGCUGUUCUCGGUGGCUUCAACCAAUUGGGUCCUUUCGGCUCCUCGCAACAAUCUGGCUUGGGUGGAUUACUCAACGGCAGUAACCGCGAUAACGGAAAUACAGUAGUGGUAAACGAGAGCGGACCAUCUUCGAGCUCUAGUUCCGCAAGUUCAUCAAGCUCAUCUGGACUCGGAUCUAACGAUGCACAAGGGAUCGGAGCACUUUUGAAUGGUCUUAAUGCAGAACUCCAAAGCGCGAACAUCGCUGCUAACAAUGCACGGGAUUCCGCAGCUACCGCUGCAGCUGCUGCUGCUGCAUCUGCAUCUGGACGCAAUAAUGUAGCCGGCAAUACAGUGAUUCUUAACGACGAAUCUGGCUCGAGCUCCAGCUCGUCGGCCUCUGCGGGAUCAGGUGGUUACGGAAAAGCCUUAGGUGGCCUCGGAUUGGGCGCUGCAUCUGGUGCUUCAGCCUCUGCUUCAUCUAAUGCUGCUGGCUCAGGUGGAAAUAUUUAUAAAAAUGGUUUAGGCAACUCUCUGCUAAACGGUUUGGGUGCCUUGGGUGGAUUAGGAAGCUUGGGCGCAUCUGCUUCAUCUGGCUCGAAUGCCGGUGUUCUCGGUGGCUUCAACCAACUGGGUUCCAUCGGUUCCUCGCAACAAUCUGGCUUGGGUGGAUUACUCAACGGCAGCAACCGCAACAACGAGAAUACAGUAGUGGUAAACGAGAGCGGACCUUCAUCAAGCUCUAGUUCCGCAAGUUCAUCAGGCUCAUCUGGACUCGGAUCUAACGAUGCACAAGAGAUCGGAGUACUUUUGAAUGGUCUUAAUGCAGAACUCCAAAGCGCGAACAUCGCUGCUAACAAUGCACGCAUUGCCGCUGCUACUGCUCAGGCUGCUGCUGCUGCAUCUGCAUCUGGAGUCAAUAACGGAGCUAGCAAUACAGUAGUUCUUAACGAAGGUGGAUCAUCAUCGAGCUCUAGUUCCUCGAGUUCAUCUGGACCCGGAUCAAACGAUGCUCUUCAAGCACAAGAGAUCGAAGCACUUUUGAAUGGUCUUAAUGCAGAACUUCAAAGCGCAAACAUCGCUGCUAAUAAUGCACGGGAUGCCGCGGCUACCGCUGCAGCUGCUGCUGCUGCAUCUGCACCUGGACGUAAAAACGGAGCCGGCAAUACAGUGAUUCUUAACGACGGAUCUGGCUCGAGCUCCAGCUCGUCGGCCUCUGCGGGAUCAGGUGGUUACGGACAAGGCUUAGGUGGCUUCGGAUUGGGCGCUGCGUCUGGUGCUUCAGCCUCUGCUUCAUCUAAUGCUGCCAGCUCAGGUGGAAAUGUUUAUAAAAAUGGUUUUGGCAACUCUCUGCAAAACGGUUUUGGCGCCUUGGGUGGAUCAGGAAGAUUGGGCGCAUCCGCUUCAUCUGGCUCGAAUGCCGGUGUUCUCGGUGGCCUCAACCAACUCGGUCCCUUCGGCUCCUCGCAACAAUCUGGCUUGGGCGGAUUACUCAACGGCAGCAAUCGCAACAACGGAAAUACAGUAGUGGUAAACGAGAGCGGACCAUCUUCGAGCUCUAGUUCGGCAAGUUCAUCAGGCUCUUCUGGACUCGGAUCUAACGAUGCACAAGAGAUCGGAGCACUUUUGAAUGGCCUUAAUGCAGAACUCCAAAGCGUGAACAUCGCUGCUAACAAUGCACGCGCUGCCGCUGCUACCGCUCAGGCUGCUGCUGCUGCAUCUGCAUCUGGACUCAAUAACGGAGCUGGCAAUACAGUAGUUCUUAACGAAGGUGGAUCAUCAUCGAGCUCUAGUUCCUCGAGUUCAUCUGGACCGGGAUCAAACGAUGGUCUUCAAGCACAAGAGAUCGAAGCACUUUUGAAUGGUCUUAAUGCAGAACUUCAAAGCGCAAACAUCGCUGCUAAUAAUGCACGGGAUGCCGCGGCUACCGCUGCAGCUGCUGCUGCUGCAUCUGCAACUGGACGCAAAAACGGAGCCGGCAAUACAGUGAUUCUUAACGACGGAUCUGGCUCGAGCUCCAGCUCGUCGGCCUCUGCGGGAUCAGGUGGUUACGGACAAGGCUUAGGUGGCCUCGGAUUGGGCGCUGCGUCUGAUGCUUCAGCCUCUGCUUCAUCUAAUGCUGCCAGCUCAGGUGGAAAUGUUUAUAAAAAUGGUUUUGGCAACUCUCUGCAAAACGGUUUUGGCGCCUUGGGUGGAUCAGGAAGAUUGGGCGCAUCCGCUUCAUCUGGCUCGAAUGCCGGUGUUCUCGGUGGCCUCAACCAACUCGGUCCCUUCGGCUCCUCGCAACAAUCUGGCUUGGGCGGAUUACUCAACGGCAGCAACCGCAACAACGGAAAUACAGUAGUGGUAAACGAGAGCGGACCAUCUUCGAGCUCUAGUUCGGCAAGUUCAUCAGGCUCUUCUGGACUCGGAUCUAACGAUGCACAAGAGAUCGGAGCACUUUUGAAUGGCCUUAAUGCAGAACUCCAAAGCGUGAACAUCGCUGCUAACAAUGCACGCGCUGCCGCUGCUACCGCUCAGGCUGCUGCUGCUGCAUCUGCAUCUGGACUCAAUAACGGAGCUGGCAAUACAGUAGUUCUUAACGAAGGUGGAUCAUCAUCGAGCUCUAGUUCCUCGAGUUCAUCUGGACCCGGAUCAAACGAUGGUCUUCAAGCACAAGAGAUCGAAGCACUUUUGAAUGGUCUUAAUGCAGAACUUCAAAGCGCAAACAUCGCUGCUAAUAAUGCACGGGAUGCCGCGGCUACCGCUGCAGCUGCUGCUGCUGCAUCUGCAACUGGACGCAAAAACGGAGCCGGCAAUACAGUGAUUCUUAACGACGGAUCUGGCUCGAGCUCCAGCUCGUCGGCCUCUGCGGGAUCAGGUGGUUACGGACAAGGCUUAGGUGGCCUCGGAUUGGGCGCUGCGUCUGAUGCUUCAGCCUCUGCUUCAUCUAAUGCUGCCAGCUCAGGUGGAAAUGUUUAUAAAAAUGGUUUUGGCAACUCUCUGCAAAACGGUUUUGGCGCCUUGGGUGGAUCAGGAAGAUUGGGCGCAUCCGCUUCAUCUGGCUCGAAUGCCGGUGUUCUCGGUGGCCUCAACCAACUCGGUCCCUUCGGCUCCUCGCAACAAUCAAGCUUGGGCGGAUUACUCAACGGCAGCAACCGCAACAACGGAAAUACAGUAGUGGUAAACGAGAGCGGACCAUCUUCGAGCUCUAGUUCCGCAAGUUCAUCAGGCUCUUCUGGACUCGGAUCUAACGAUGCACAAGAGAUCGGAGCACUUUUGAAUGGCCUCAAUGCUGAACUCCAAAGCGCGAAUAUCGCUGCUAACAAUGCACGCGCUGCUGCUGCUACCGCUCAGGCUGCUGCUGCUGCAUCUGCAUCUGGACUCAAUAACGGAGCCGGCAAUACAGUAGUUCUUAACGAAGGUGGACAAGGAUCUACCUUGUCGCCCUCUGCCGGACCAAAUGGUUACGGACAAGGCUUAGGAGCCGGUUUAGGUGGCCUCGGAUUGGGCGCUACAUCUGGUGCUUCAGCCUCUGCUUUGUCUAACGCUGGCGGCUCAGGUGGAAACAUUUAUGGAAAUGGUUUAGGAAACUCUCUACAAAGCGGUUUGGGCGCCUUGGGUGGCGUAGGAGGAUUGGAAUCCGGUGCCUAUGGCAAUUCCGGCGCUGCUUCGGCUGCAUCGUCGUCAUCCUCAACUGGAUCUGGUCUUAAUAGCGGCUACAGCGGCAUCGGUGGAAACCAAGUCAUCUUAAACCAAGUUGGAUCUCCUUCUAGCUCUAGCACCAACUCAGCCAGUACGUCAAGCGCUUCUGGACAGAAUCUUGGUGGUCAAUAUGGUGUAUUAAGAGGAUUGGGCACGUCUGCUUCAUCUGGCUCGAAUGCGGGUGUUAAUAAUGCACGGGAUGCCGCGGCUACCGCUGCAGCUGCUGCUGCUGCAUCUGCACCUGGACGUAAAAACGGAGCCGAAAAUACAGUGAUUCUUAACGACGGAUCUGGCUCGAGCUCCAGCUCGUCGGCUUCUGCGGGAUCAGGUAGUUACGGACAAGGCUUAGGUGGCAUCGGAUUGGGCGCUGCAUCUGGUGCUUUAGCCUCUGCUUCAUCUAAUGCUGCCGGCUCAGGUGGAAAUGUUUAUAAAAAUCGUUUUGGCAACUCUCUGCAAAACGGUUUGGGCGCCUUGGGUGGAUCAGGAAGAUUGGGCGCAUCUGCUUCAUCUGGCUCGAAUGCCGGUGUUCUCGGUGGCCUCAACCAACUCGGUCCCUUCGGCUCCUCGCAACAAUCUGGCUUGGGCGGAUUACUCAACGGCAGCAACCGCAACAACGGAAAUACAGUAGUGGUAAACGAGAGUGGACCAUCUUCGAGCUCUAGUUCGGCAAGUUCAUCAGGCUCUUCUGGACUCGGAUCUAACAAUGCACAAGAGAUCGGAGCACUUUUGAAUGGCCUUAAUGCAGAACUCCAAAGCGUGAACAUCGCUGCUAACAAUGCACGCGCUGCCGCUGCUACCGCUCAGGCUGCUGCUGCUGCAUCUGCAUCUGGACUCAAUAACGGAGCUGGCAAUACAGUAGUUCUUAACGAAGGUGGAUCAUCAUCGAGCUCUAGUUCCUCGAGUUCAUCUGGACCCGGAUCAAACGAUGGUCUUCAAGCACAAGAGAUCGAAGCACUUUUGAAUGGUCUUAAUGCAGAACUUCAAAGCGCAAACAUCGCUGCUAAUAAUGCACGGGAUGCCGUGGCUACCGCUCAGGCUGCUGCUGCAGCAUCUGCAUCUGGACUCAAUAACGGAGCUGGCAAUACAGUUGUUCUUAACGAAGGUGGAUCAUCAUCGAGCUCUAGUUCCUCGAGUUCAUCUGGACCCGGAUCAAACGAUGGUCUUCAAGCACAAGAGAUCGAAGCACUUUUGAAUGGUCUUAAUGCAGAACUUCAAAGCGCAAACAUCGCUGCUAAUAAUGCACGGGAUGCCGCGGCUACCGCUGCAGCUGCUGCUGCUGCAUCUGCAACUGGACGCAAAAACGGAGCCGGCAAUACAGUGAUUCUUAACGACGGAUCUGGCUCGAGCUCCAGCUCGUCGGCCUCUGCGGGAUCAGGUGGUUACGGACAAGGCUUAGGUGGCCUCGGAUUGGGCGCUGCGUCUGAUGCUUCAGCCUCUGCUUCAUCUAAUGCUGCCAGCUCAGGUGGAAAUGUUUAUAAAAAUGGUUUUGGCAACUCUCUGCAAAACGGUUUUGGCGCCUUGGGUGGAUCAGGAAGAUUGGGCGCAUCCGCUUCAUCUGGCUCGAAUGCCGGUGUUCUCGGUGGCCUCAACCAACUCGGUCCCUUUGGCUCCUCGCAACAAUCAAGCUUGGGCGGAUUACUCAACGGCAGCAACCGCAACAACGGAAAUACAGUAGUGGUAAACGAGAGCGGACCAUCUUCGAGCUCUAGUGCCGCAAGUUCAUCAGGCUCUUCUGGACUCGGAUCUAACGAUGCACAAGAGAUCGGAGCACUUUUGAAUGGCCUCAAUGCUGAACUACAAAGCGCGAAUAUCGCUGCUAACAAUGCACGCGCUGCCGCUGCUACCGCUCAGGCUGCUGCUGCUGCAUCUGCAUCUGGACUCAAGAACGGAGCCGGCAAUACAGUAGUUCUUAACGAAGGUGGACAAGGAUCUACCUUGUCGCCCUCUGCCGGACCAAAUGGUUACGGACAAGGCUUAGGAGCCGGUUUAGGUGGCCUCGGAUUGGGCGCUACAUCUGGUGCUUCAGCCUCUGCUUUGUCUAAUGCUGGCGGCUCAGGUGGAAACAUUUAUGGAAAUGGUUUAGGAAACUCUCUACAAAGCGGUUUGGGCGCCUUGGGUGGCGUAGGAGGAUUGGAAUCCGGUGCCUAUGGCAAUUCCGGCGCUGCUUCGGCUGCAUCGUCGUCAUCCUCAACUGGAUCUGGUCUUAAUAGCGGCUACAGCGGCAUCGGUGGAAACCAAGUCAUCUUAAACCAAGUUGGAUCUCCUUCUAGCUCUAGCACCAACUCAGCCAGUACGUCAAGCGCUUCUGGACAGAAUCUUGGUGGUCAAUAUGGUGUAUUAAGAGGAUUGGGCGCGUCUGCUUCAUCUGGCUCGAAUGCGGGUGUUAAUAAUGCACGGGAUGCCGCGGCUACCGCUGCAGCUGCUGCUGCUGCAUCUGCACCUGGACGUAAAAACGGAGCCGACAAUACAGUGAUUCUUAACGACGGAUCUGGCUCGAGCUCCAGCUCGUCGGCCUCUGCGGGAUCAGGUAGUUACGGACAAGGCUUAGGUGGCAUCGGAUUGGGCGCUGCAUCUGGUGCUUUAGCCUCUGCUUCAUCUAAUGCUGCCGGCUCAGGUGGAAAUGUUUAUAAAAAUGGUUUUGGCAACUCUCUGCAAAACGGUUUGGGCGCCUUGGGUGGAUCAGGAAGAUUGGGCGCAUCUGCUUCAUCUGGCUCGAAUGCCGGUGUUCUCGGUGGCCUCAACCAACUCGGUCCCUUCGGCUCCUCGCAACAAUCUGGCUUGGGCGGAUUACUCAACGGCAGCAACCGCAACAACGGAAAUACAGUAGUGGUAAACGAGAGUGGACCAUCUUCGAGCUCUAGUUCGGCAAGUUCAUCAGGCUCUUCUGGACUCGGAUCUAACAAUGCACAAGAGAUCGGAGCACUUUUGAAUGGCCUUAAUGCAGAACUCCAAAGCGUGAACAUCGCUGCUAACAAUGCACGCGCUGCCGCUGCUACCGCUCAGGCUGCUGCUGCUGCAUCUGCAUCUGGACUCAAUAACGGAGCUGGCAAUACAGUAGUUCUUAACGAAGGUGGAUCAUCAUCGAGCUCUAGUUCCUCGAGUUCAUCUGGACCCGGAUCAAACGAUGGUCUUCAAGCACAAGAGAUCGAAGCACUUUUGAAUGGUCUUAAUGCAGAACUUCAAAGCGCAAACAUCGCUGCUAAUAAUGCACGGGAUGCCGUGGCUACCGCUCAGGCUGCUGCUGCAGCAUCUGCAUCUGGACUCAAUAACGGAGCUGGCAAUACAGUUGUUCUUAACGAAGGUGGAUCAUCAUCGAGCUCUAGUUCCUCGAGUUCAUCUGGACCCGGAUCAAACGAUGGUCUUCAAGCACAAGAGAUCGAAGCACUUUUGAAUGGUCUUAAUGCAGAACUUCAAAGCGCAAACAUCGCUGCUAAUAAUGCACGGGAUGCCGCGGCUACCGCUGCAGCUGCUGCUGCUGCAUCUGCAACUGGACGCAAAAACGGAGCCGGCAAUACAGUGAUUCUUAACGACGGAUCUGGCUCGAGCUCCAGCUCGUCGGCCUCUGCGGGAUCAGGUGGUUACGGACAAGGCUUAGGUGGCCUCGGAUUGGGCGCUGCGUCUGAUGCUUCAGCCUCUGCUUCAUCUAAUGCUGCCAGCUCAGGUGGAAAUGUUUAUAAAAAUGGUUUUGGCAACUCUCUGCAAAACGGUUUUGGCGCCUUGGGUGGAUCAGGAAGAUUGGGCGUAUCCGCUUCAUCUGGCUCGAAUGCCGGUGUUCUCGGUGGCCUCAACCAACUCGGUCCCUUCGGCUCCUCGCAACAAUCAAGCUUGGGCGGAUUACUCAACGGCAGCAACCGCAACAACGGAAAUACAGUAGUGGUAAACGAGAGCGGACCAUCUUCGAGCUCUAGUGCCGCAAGUUCAUCAGGCUCUUCUGGACUCGGAUCUAACGAUGCACAAGAGAUCGGAGCACUUUUGAAUGGCCUCAAUGCUGAACUACAAAGCGCGAAUAUCGCUGCUAACAAUGCACGCGCUGCCGCUGCUACCGCUCAGGCUGCUGCUGCUGCAUCUGCAUCUGGACUCAAUAACGGAGCCGGCAAUACAGUAGUUCUUAACGAAGGUGGACAAGGAUCUACCUUGUCGCCCUCUGCCGGACCAAAUGGUUACGGACAAGGCUUAGGAGCCGGUUUAGGUGGCCUCGGAUUGGGCGCUGCAUCUGGUGCUUUAGCCUCUGCUUCAUCUAAUGCUGCCGGCUCAGGUGGAAAUGUUUAUAAAAAUGGUUUUGGCAACUCUCUGCAAAACGGUUUGGGUGCCUUGGGUGGAUCAGGAAGAUUGGGCGCAUCUGCUUCAUCUGGCUCGAAUGCCGGUUUUCUCGGUGGCCUCAACCAACUCGGUCCCUUCGGCUCCUCGCAACAAUCUGGCUUGGGCGGAUUACUCAACGGCAGCAACCGCAACAACGGAAAUACAGUAGUGGUAAACGAGAGUGGACCAUCUUCGAGCUCUAGUUCGGCAAGUUCAUCAGGCUCUUCUGGACUCGGAUCUAACAAUGCACAAGAGAUCGGAGCACUUUUGAAUGGCCUUAAUGCAGAACUCCAAAGCGUGAACAUCGCUGCUAACAAUGCACGCGCUGCCGCUGCUACCGCUCAGGCUGCUGCUGCUGCAUCUGCAUCUGGACUCAAUAACGGAGCUGGCAAUACAGUAGUUCUUAACGAAGGUGGAUCAUCAUCGAGCUCUAGUUCUUCGAGUUCAUCUGGACCCGGAUCAAACGAUGGUCUUCAAGCACAAGAGAUCGAAGCACUUUUGAAUGGUCUUAAUGCAGAACUUCAAAGCGCAAACAUCGCUGCUAAUAAUGCACGGGAUGCCGCGGCUACCGCUGCAGCUGCUGCUGCUGCAUCUGCAACUGGACGCAAAAACGGAGCCGGCAAUACAGUGAUUCUUAACGACGGAUCUGGCUCGAGCUCCAGCUCGUCGGCCUCUGCGGGAUCAGGUGGUUACGGACAAGGCUUAGGUGGCCUCGGAUUGGGCGCUGCGUCUGAUGCUUCAGCCUCUGCUUCAUCUAAUUCUGCCAGCUCAGGUGGAAAUGUUUAUAAAAAUGGUUUUGGCAACUCUCUGCAAAACGGUUUUGGCGCCUUGGGUGGAUCAGGAAGAUUGGGCGCAUCCGCUUCAUCUGGCUCGAAUGCCGGUGUUCUCGGUGGCCUCAACCAACUCGGUCCCUUCGGCUCCUCGCAACAAUCAAGCUUGGGCGGAUUACUCAACGGCAGCAACCGCAACAACGGAAAUACAGUAGUGGUAAACGAGAGUGGACCAUCUUCGAGCUCUAGUUCGGCAAGUUCAUCAGGCUCUUCUGGACUCGGAUCUAACAAUGCACAAGAGAUCGGAGCACUUUUGAAUGGCCUUAAUGCAGAACUCCAAAGCGUGAACAUCGCUGCUAACAAUGCACGCGCUGCCGCUGCUACCGCUCAGGCUGCUGCUGCUGCAUCUGCAUCUGGACUCAAUAACGGAGCUGGCAAUACAGUAGUUCUUAACGAAGGUGGAUCAUCAUCGAGCUCUAGUUCUUCGAGUUCAUCUGGACCCGGAUCAAACGAUGGUCUUCAAGCACAAGAGAUCGAAGCACUUUUGAAUGGUCUUAAUGCAGAACUUCAAAGCGCAAACAUCGCUGCUAAUAAUGCACGGGAUGCCGCGGCUACCGCUGCAGCUGCUGCUGCUGCAUCUGCAACUGGACGCAAAAACGGAGCCGGCAAUACAGUGAUUCUUAACGACGGAUCUGGCUCGAGCUCCAGCUCGUCGGCCUCUGCGGGAUCAGGUGGUUACGGACAAGGCUUAGGUGGCCUCGGAUUGGGCGCUGCGUCUGAUGCUUCAGCCUCUGCUUCAUCUAAUUCUGCCAGCUCAGGUGGAAAUGUUUAUAAAAAUGGUUUUGGCAACUCUCUGCAAAACGGUUUUGGCGCCUUGGGUGGAUCAGGAAGAUUGGGCGCAUCCGCUUCAUCUGGCUCGAAUGCCGGUGUUCUCGGUGGCCUCAACCAACUCGGUCCCUUCGGCUCCUCGCAACAAUCAAGCUUGGGCGGAUUACUCAACGGCAGCAACCGCAACAACGGAAAUACAGUAGUGGUAAACGAGAGUGGACCAUCUUCGAGCUCUAGUUCGGCAAGUUCAUCAGGCUCUUCUGGACUCGGAUCUAACAAUGCACAAGAGAUCGGAGCACUUUUGAAUGGCCUUAAUGCAGAACUCCAAAGCGUGAACAUCGCUGCUAACAAUGCACGCGCUGCCGCUGCUACCGCUCAGGCUGCUGCUGCUGCAUCUGCAUCUGGACUCAAUAACGGAGCUGGCAAUACAGUAGUUCUUAACGAAGGUGGAUCAUCAUCGAGCUCUAGUUCCUCGAGUUCAUCUGGACCCGGAUCAAACGAUGGUCUUCAAGCACAAGAGAUCGAAGCACUUUUGAAUGGUCUUAAUGCAGAACUUCAAAGCGCAAACAUCGCUGCUAAUAAUGCACGGGAUGCCGCGGCUACCGCUGCAGCUGCUGCUGCUGCAUCUGCAACUGGACGCAAAAACGGAGCCGGCAAUACAGUGAUUCUUAACGACGGAUCUGGCUCGAGCUCCAGCUCGUCGGCCUCUGCGGGAUCAGGUGGUUACGGACAAGGCUUAGGUGGCCUCGGAUUGGGCGCUGCGUCUGAUGCUUCAGCCUCUGCUUCAUCUAAUGCUGCCAGCUCAGGUGGAAAUGUUUAUAAAAAUGGUUUUGGCAACUCUCUGCAAAACGGUUUUGGCGCCUUGGGUGGAUCAGGAAGAUUGGGCGCAUCCGCUUCAUCUGGCUCGAAUGCCGGUGUUCUCGGUGGCCUCAACCAACUCGGUCCCUUCGGCUCCACGCAACAAUCAAGCUUGGGCGGAUUACUCAACGGCAGCAACCGCAACAACGGAAAUACAGUAGUGGUAAACGAGAGCGGACCAUCUUCGAGCUCUAGUGCCGCAAGUUCAUCAGGCUCUUCUGGACUCGGAUCUAACGAUGCACAAGAGAUCGGAGCACUUUUGAAUGGCCUCAAUGCUGAACUACAAAGCGCGAAUAUCGCUGCUAACAAUGCACGCGCUGCCGCUGCUACCGCUCAGGCUGCUGCUGCUGCAUCUGCAUCUGGACUCAAUAACGGAGCCGGCAAUACAGUAGUUCUUAACGAAGGUGGACAAGGAUCUACCUUGUCGCCCUCUGCCGGACGAAAUGGUUACGGACAAGGCUUAGGAGCCGGUUUAGGUGGCCUCGGAUUGGGCGCUGCAUCUGGUGCUUUAGCCUCUGCUUCAUCUACUGCUGCCGGCUCAGGUGGAAAUGUUUAUAAAAAUGGUUUUGGCAACUCUCUGCAAAACGGUUUGGGCGCCUUGGGUGGAUCAGGAAGAUUGGGCGCAUCUGCUUCAUCUGGCUCGAAUGCCGGUUUUCUCGGUGGCCUCAACCAACUCGGUCCCUUCGGCUCCUCGCAACAAUCUGGCUUGGGCGGAUUACUCAACGGCAGCAACCGCAACAACGGAAAUACAGUAGUGGUAAACGAGAGUGGACCAUCUUCGAGCUCUAGUUCGGCAAGUUCAUCAGGCUCUUCUGGACUCGGAUCUAACGAUGCACAAGAGAUCGGAGCACUUUUGAAUGGCCUUAAUGCAGAACUCCAAAGCGUGAACAUCGCUGCUAACAAUGCACGCGCUGCCGCUGCUACCACUCAGGCUGCUGCUGCUGCAUCUGCAUCUGGACUCAAUAACGGAGCUGGCAAUACAGUAGUUCUUAACGAAGGUGGAUCAUCAUCGAGCUCUAGUUCCUCGAGUUCAUCUGGACCCGGAUCAAACGAUGGUCUUCAAGCACAAGAGAUCGAAGCACUUUUGAAUGGUCUUAAUGCAGAACUUCAAAGCGCAAACAUCGCUGCUAAUAAUGCACGGGAUGCCGCGGCUACCGCUGCAGCUGCUGCUGCUGCAUCUGCAACUGGACGCAAAAACGGAGCCGGCAAUACAGUGAUUCUUAACGACGGAUCUGGCUCGAGCUCCAGCUCGUCGGCCUCUGCGGGAUCAGGUGGUUACGGACAAGGCUUAGGUGGCCUCGGAUUGGGCGCUGCGUCUGAUGCUUCAGCCUCUGCUUCAUCUAAUGCUGCCAGCUCAGGUGGAAAUGUUUAUAAAAAUGGUUUUGGCAACUCUCUGCAAAACGGUUUUGGCGCCUUGGGUGGAUCAGGAAGAUUGGGCGCAUCCGCUUCAUCUGGCUCGAAUGCCGGUGUUCUCGGUGGCCUCAACCAACUCGGUCCCUUCGGCUCCUCGCAACAAUCAAGCUUGGGUGGAUUACUCAACGGCAGCAACCGCAACAACGGAAAUACAGUAGUGGUAAACGAGAGUGGACCAUCUUCGAGCUCUAGUUCGGCAAGUUCAUCAGGCUCUUCUGGACUCGGAUCUAACAAUGCACAAGAGAUCGGAGCACUUUUGAAUGGCCUUAAUGCAGAACUCCAAAGCGUGAACAUCGCUGCUAACAAUGCACGCGCUGCCGCUGCUACCGCUCAGGCUGCUGCUGCUGCAUCUGCAUCUGGACUCAAUAACGGAGCUGGCAAUACAGUAGUUCUUAACGAAGGUGGAUCAUCAUCGAGCUCUAGUUCCUCGAGUUCAUCUGGACCCGGAUCAAACGAUGGUCUUCAAGCACAAGAGAUCGAAGCACUUUUGAAUGGUCUUAAUGCAGAACUUCAAAGCGCAAAUAUCGCUGCUAAUAAUGCACGGGAUGCCGCGGCUACCGCUGCAGCUGCUGCUGCUGCAUCUGCAACUGGACGCAAAAACGGAGCCGGCAAUACAGUGAUUCUUAACGACGGAUCUGGCUCGAGCUCCAGCUCGUCGGCCUCUGCGGGAUCAGGUAGUUACGGACAAGGCUUAGGUGGCAUCGGAUUGGGUGCUGCAUCUGGUGCUUUAGCCUCUGCUUCAUCUAAUGCUGCCGGCUCAGGUGGAAAUGUUUAUAAAAAUGGUUUUGGCAACUCUCUGCAAAACGGUUUUGGCGCCUCGGGUGGAUCAGGAAGAUUGGGCGCAUCCGCUUCAUCUGGCUCGAAUGCCGGUGUUCUCGGUGGCCUCAACCAACUCGGUCCCUUCGGCUCCUCGCAACAAUCAAGCUUGGGCGGAUUACUCAACGGCAGCAACCGCAACAACGGAAAUACAGUAGUGGUAAACGAGAGCGGACCAUCUUCGAGCUCUAGUUCCGCAAGUUCAUCAGGCUCUUCUGGACUCGGAUCUAACGAUGCACAAGAGAUCGGAGCACUUUUGAAUGGCCUCAAUGCUGAACUCCAAAGCGCGAAUAUCGCUGCUAACAAUGCACGCGCUGCUGCUGCUACCGCUCAGGCUGCUGCUGCUGCAUCUGCAUCUGGACUCAAUAACGGAGCCGGCAAUACAGUAGUUCUUAACGAAGGUGGACAAGGAUCUACCUUGUCGCCCUCUGCCGGACGAAAUGGUUACGGACAAGGCUUAGGAGCCGGUUUAGGUGGCCUCGGAUUGGGCGCUACAUCUGGUGCUUCAGCCUCUGCUUUGUCUAAUGCUGGCGGCUCAGGUGGAAACAUUUAUGGAAAUGGUUUAGGAAACUCUCUACAAAGCGGUUUGGGCGCCUUGGGUGGCUUAGGAGGAUUGGAAUCCGGUGCCUAUGGCAAUUCCGGCGCUGCUUCGGCUGCAUCGUCGUCAUCCUCAACUGGAUCUGGUCUUAAUAGCGGCUACAGCGGCAUCGGUGGAAACCAAGUCAUCUUAAACCAAGUUGGAUCUCCUUCUAGCUCUAGCACCAACUCAGCCAGUACGUCAAGCGCUUCUGGACAGAAUCUUGGUGGUCAAUAUGGUGUAUUAAGAGGAUUGGGCGCGUCUGCUUCAUCUGGCUCGAAUGCGGGUGUUUAUAAUGCACGGGAUGCCGCGGCUACCGCUGCAGCUGCUGCUGCUGCAUCUGCACCUGGACGUAAAAACGGAGCCGACAAUACAGUGAUUCUUAACGACGGAUCUGGCUCGAGCUCCAGCUCGUCGGCCUCUGCGGGAUCAGGUAGUUACGGACAAGGCUUAGGUGGCAUCGGAUUGGGCGCUGCAUCUGGUGCUUUAGCCUCUGCUUCAUCUAAUGCUGCCGGCUCAGGUGGAAAUGUUUAUAAAAAUGGUUUUGGCAACUCUCUGCAAAACGGUUUGGGCGCCUUGGGUGGAUCAGGAAGAUUGGGCGCAUCUGCUUCAUCUGGCUCGAAUGCCGGUGUUCUCGGUGGCCUCAACCAACUCGGUCCCUUUGGCUCCUCGCAACAAUCUGGCUUGGGCGGAUUACUCAACGGCAGCAACCGCAACAACGGAAAUACAGUAGUGGUAAACGAGAGUGGACCAUCUUCGAGCUCUAGUUCGGCAAGUUCAUCAGGCUCUUCUGGACUCGGAUCUAACAAUGCACAAGAGAUCGGAGCACUUUUGAAUGGCCUUAAUGCAGAACUCCAAAGCGUGAACAUCGCUGCUAACAAUGCACGCGCUGCCGCUGCUACCGCUCAGGCUGCUGCUGCUGCAUCUGCAUCUGGACUCAAUAACGGAGCUGGCAAUACAGUAGUUCUUAACGAAGGUGGAUCAUCAUCGAGCUCUAGUUCCUCGAGUUCAUCUGGACCCGGAUCAAACGAUGGUCUUCAAACACAAGAGAUCGAAGCACUUUUGAAUGGUCUUAAUGCAGAACUUCAAAGCGCAAACAUCGCUGCUAAUAAUGCACGGGAUGCCGCGGCUACCGCUCAGGCUGCUGCUGCUGCAUCUGCAUCUGGACUCAAUAACGGAGCUGGCAAUACAGUAGUUCUUAACGAAGGUGGAUCAUCAUCGAGCUCUAGUUCCUCGAGUUCAUCUGGACCCGGAUCAAACGAUGGUCUUCAAGCACAAGAGAUCGAAGCACUUUUGAAUGGUCUUAAUGCAGAACUUCAAAGCGCAAACAUCGCUGCUAAUAAUGCACGGGAUGCCGCGGCUACCGCUGCAGCUGCUGCUGCUGCAUCUGCAACUGGACGCAAAAACGGAGCCGGCAAUACAGUGAUUCUUAACGACGGAUCUGGCUCGAGCUCCAGCUCGUCGGCCUCUGCGGGAUCAGGUGGUUAUGGACAAGGCUUAGGUGGCCUCGGAUUGGGCGCUGCGUCUGAUGCUUCAGCCUCUGCUUCAUCUAAUGCUGCCAGCUCAGGUGGAAAUGUUUAUAAAAAUGGUUUUGGCAACUCUCUGCAAAACGGUUUUGGCGCCUUGGGUGGAUCAGGAAGAUUGGGCGCAUCCGCUUCAUCUGGCUCGAAUGCCGGUGUUCUCGGUGGCCUCAACCAACUCGGUCCCUUCGGCUCCUCGCAACAAUCUGGCUUGGGCGGAUUACUCAACGGCAGCAACCGCAACAACGGAAAUACAGUAGUGGUAAACGAGAGUGGACCAUCUUCGAGCUCUAGUUCGGCAAGUUCAUCAGGCUCUUCUGGACUCGGAUCUAACAAUGCACAAGAGAUCGGAGCACUUUUGAAUGGCCUUAAUGCAGAACUCCAAAGCGUGAACAUCGCUGCUAACAAUGCACGCGCUGCCGCUGCUACCGCUCAGGCUGCUGCUGCUGCAUCUGCAUCUGGACUCAAUAACGGAGCUGGCAAUACAGUAGUUCUUAACGAAGGUGGAUCAUCAUCGAGCUCUAGUUCCUCGAGUUCAUCUGGACCCGGAUCAAACGAUGGUCUUCAAGCACAAGAGAUCGAAGCACUUUUGAAUGGUCUUAAUGCAGAACUUCAAAGCGCAAACAUCGCUGCUAAUAAUGCACGGGAUGCCGCGGCUACCGCUGCAGCUGCUGCUGCUGCAUCUGCACCUGGACGCAAAAACGGAGCCGGCAAUACAGUGAUUCUUAACGACGGAUCUGGCUCGAGCUCCAGCUCGUCGAGUGGACCAUCUUCGAGCUCUAGUUCCGCAAGUUCAUCAGGCUCAUCUGGACUCGGAUCUAACGAUGCACAAGAGAUCGGAGCACUUUUGAAUGGUCUUAAUGCAGAACUCCAAAGCGCGAACAUUGCUGCUAACAAUGCACGCGCUGCCGCUGCUACUGCUCAGGCUGCUGCUGCUGCAUCUGCAUCUGGACUCAAUAACGGAGCUGGCAAUACAGUAGUUCUUAACGAAGGUGGAUCAUCAUCGAGCUCUAGUUCCUCGAGUUCAUCUGGACCCGGAUCAAACGAUGCUCUUCAAGCACAAGAGAUCGAAGCACUUUUGAAUGGUCUUAAUGCAGAACUUCAAAGCGCAAACAUCGCUGCUAAUAAUGCACGGGAUGCCGCGGCUACCGCUGCAGCUGCUGCUGCUGCAUCUGUACCUGGACGCAAAAACGGAGCCGGCAAUACAGUGAUUCUUAACGACGGAUCUGGCUCGAGCUCCAGCUCGUCGGCCUCUUCGGGAUCAGGUGGUUACGGACAAGGCUUAGGUGGCAUCGGAUUGGGCGCUACAUCUGGUGCUUCAUCCUCUGCUUCAUCUAAUGCUGGCGGCUCAGGUGGAAAUGUUUAUAGAAAUGGUUUUGGCAACUCACUGCAAAACGGUUUGGGCGCCUUGAGUGGAUCAGGAAGAUUGGGCGCAUCUGCUUCAUCUGGCUCGAAUGCCGGUGUUCUCAGUGGCCUCAACCAACUCGCUCCCUUCGGCUCCUCGCAACAAUCUGGCUUGGGCGGAUUACUCAACGGCAGCAACCGCAAAAACGGAAAUACAGUAGUGGUAAAUGAGAGCGGACCAUCUUCGAGCUCUAGUUCCGCAAGUUCAUCAGGCUCUUCUGGACUCGGCUCUUACGACGCACAAGAGAUCGGAGCACUUUUGAAUGGCCUUAAUGCAGAACUCCAAAGCGCGAACAUUGCUGCUAACAAUGCACGCGCUGCCGCUGCUACUGCUCAGGCUGCUGCUGCUGCAUCUGCAUCUGGACUCAAUAACGGAGCUGACAAUACAGUAGUUCUUAACGGAGGUGGACAAGGAUCUGGCUCGAGCUUAUUGGACUCUGCGGUAUCAGGUGGUCCGAGACGAGGGGUAGGAGCCGGAUUAGGUGAACUAGGGAAUGUAGCAUCUAGUGCUUCUGCUAAUACAGGAUCAAGCAGACUAGAUCCUCAAAUUGUUAUUAUAAAUAAUAUGGUUGUCUCGUUGUUGAUGUACAAGAAGUUUAUCAAAUGCUACUUCAACCUAGCCCUACGACAGCUGAAGUCUUGGGAUCAGUUAUACUACUGCAAGGAUAGCAGAAAUUGUAGUUUAAGUACCAAAUAA